CGGGCGGUCACUUCUGUCUUCGUGGCCGGAGUACGCCGUGCGGUUCUUAGCGGACGCUGUCAGGUUCUACCCUUCCAUUCCUGAAAGAACUAUAUACAAUGCUUUCCAAACUAGCAAGUUUGCAGACCGUUGCUGCUCUGCGGCGAGGAGUUCAUGCCUCAGCUACCUCUGCUGCAUCUGUUGCAACUAAGAAGACCGUGCAAGGCCCGCCAUCCUCUGAGUACAUUUUUGAACGAGAAUCUAAGUAUGGUGCACACAAUUACCACCCUUUACCUGUAGCCCUGGAGAGAGGAAAAGGCAUUUACAUGUGGGAUGUAGAAGGCAGGCAGUACUUUGACUUCCUGAGUGCUUAUGGUGCUGUCAGCCAAGGACACUGCCAUCCCAAGAUCAUAAAUGCCAUGAAGAGUCAGGUGGACAAACUGACAUUAACAUCUCGGGCUUUCUAUAACAAUGUCCUCGGUGAAUUUGAGGAGUAUAUUACCAAGCUUUUCAACUACAACAAAGUCCUUCCUAUGAAUACAGGUGUGGAGGCUGGAGAGACUGCCUGUAAGCUUGCUCGUCGUUGGGGCUACACGGUGAAAGGCAUCCAGAAAUACAAAGCAAAGAUUAUUUUUGCUGCUGGAAACUUUUGGGGUCGAACGUUGUCUGCAAUCUCCAGCUCCACAGAUCCGACCAGUUACGAUGGCUUUGGACCCUUCAUGCCAGGCUUUGAAAUUAUCCCAUAUAACGAUCUGCCUGCGUUGGAGCGUGCUCUUCAGGACCCAAAUGUUGCUGCCUUCAUGGUGGAACCCAUCCAGGGUGAAGCAGGUAUUAUUGUUCCAGAUCCAGGAUACCUGACGGGAGUUCGAGAACUCUGCACCAGGCACCAGGUCCUGCUUAUUGCUGAUGAAAUACAGACGGGAUUGGCCAGAACUGGUAGAUGGCUGGCUGUGGAUCACGACAAUGUCAGACCUGACAUAGUUCUUCUUGGGAAGGCCCUUUCAGGGGGCUUAUACCCUGUGUCUGCAGUGCUGUGUGAUGAUGAGAUAAUGCUGACCAUUAAACCAGGCGAGCAUGGUUCCACAUAUGGUGGCAAUCCACUAGGCUGCCGAAUUGCCAUUGCAGCUCUUGAGGUUUUAGAAGAAGAGAAUCUUGCUGAAAAUGCGGACAAGAUGGGUGCUAUCUUGAGAAAGGAGCUCAUGAAGCUGCCCUCUGACGUUGUGACUACUGUAAGAGGGAAAGGGCUGCUAAAUGCCAUUGUCAUCAGAGAAACCAAAGAUUGUGAUGCUUGGAAGGUGUGUCUUCGACUCCGAGAUAAUGGGCUUCUGGCCAAGCCGACCCAUGGCGAUAUCAUCAGGCUUGCCCCACCACUUGUGAUCAAGGAGGAUGAGAUCCGGGAGUCAGUGGAAAUCAUUAACAAGACCAUCUUGUCCUUCUGAGAGUAGGAACUGUUUACUGGCCGCUGGAACCAUUUUCAGAAGGGGGUCUUGUAAAAUCCGCUCACAUGGGCAGAUUCAACUGGCUUUUCUCUUAAAAGGAGUUUUUUUGAAUAUAUAUAUAUAUUUCAGUUGAUGCACAGUAGAGUGACACUUAGCAGGAGCCUGCAGCUGGCUGGAUGACAGAAGAACGAGAGUGAGUGGCAUCUCUCUGUUAAGGUUUUGACUGUGUGGGAACCUUCUAAGGAGAAACAGAUCCAUCUGCAUACAGCCUGCAAAUCCAGCCCUGCAGUAAUUUACAUACAUUGUUAUAAGUUCCUUGCUGGUGUGACUGUUUGUAUUUGGAAGUUAUUUCUGAGAUACUACGUAAGAAACUUGCUUAACCUCAUGCAGAUGAGUCGUUGUAAUCAAUGAAUGUUAAGAUGAUUGAAGGUUAAGCAUAUGUAAAAUACUAGUUUAAAGUAAACUUUGUAUUGGCCAACACCAGAAUGUAUUGUAUAGUUUCUGAGAAUUCAUUCCUAAAUUACACUUUAAGUACUUGAUUGCAAUUUGUAAAACAUUUAUUUUCAGUAUUUCUUUGAAUAAAGCUUAAUUUUUCUUUUUACCCCAACAGAGUAUUUUGUAUUUCCAUUUUGGUAAUAAUCAGUGUCUUUCUUCCUUUUGACUGGCAUUUCAUCUAUUGAGACCAGUGUGUUUCAGGCUUUUUAUUCUAAAUAAAGCUAUGACUGAUUCAUA